AUGCAAGCCCGCGUGGUCGAGUCCACCAAGCAGAAGCUUGGAGGCCGGGUGGUGUAUGCACUCCAAUACUCCAAGGAUGACCCGUUGACCUAUCUCGGGGACACCGGGGCCGAGUCACAACGAGAGGUGUUGGUGGUCGUCAAGACGCCCAGGUUCUGGAGUCGACUGUUAGCGGGUGCUGACUUGGGCUUCGCCGAGUCGUAUAUGCUCCAGGACAUCGACUGCGAGGAGGACCAACUGCUCAAGCUCUUUCAGGUGAGAGCCUCCCUUUACCGAGUAGUUCUCACCGACAAAAACAUUAACCAGGAAUUGAACAAGAUCAGCUGCUCUCCCAGCACCGCGGAGGCUUCCGCGCAGAUCAACAUAUCUGCGCACUACGACACCUCGAACGUGCUCUUCGCCAACAUCCUCUCCCCGGACAUGAACUACUCCUGCGCGCACUGGUCCGCCGAACCCACCGAGACGCUCGAGACGGCGCAGCGCCGCAAGGUGCAGACCCUGCUGCGCAAGGCCCGAAUCUCGGCCGGCCACCACAUCCUCGACAUCGGCUGCGGCUGGGGAGACCUUAGCAUCCAGGCCGCGCUGACCCAUCCCGAAUGCCGCGUCACGGGGAUCACACUGUCGAGGGAGCAAAAAAGCUGGGCGGAGGCGCGAAUCCAGGCGGUGGGGCUGCAGGAUCGCGUGGAGAUUCUGUUCUGCGACUACCGCCAAGUGAGCCCGCCGGAGGAUGGCGGGUAUUACGACCGCAUUAUCUCCGUGGGCAUGUUCGAGCACGUCGGCCGGGAGUAUUUGCCGGAAUACUUUACGACAAUUUCGCGGCUGUUGGACCCCAAGCAUGGCAUCCUGGUGUUGGACGGGAUCACAGCCAUCAAUCGAAUCCACGGCCUCCAGGCGCGAUCAGACCUCUUCAUGCUCAAGUAUAUCUUUCCCGGCGGCUAUCUUCCGACUAUCGGCAUGCUGCUCGAUCACAUCCACGAAGGCUCCGGCAAGAGUCUGGAGGUGACGUCGGCCGAAAGCUCAGGAUCGCACUAUGGCAAGUCGUUGCAGGUGUGGCGCGAGAAUUUCACGCGCAAUUGGGAGGCGAUCCGGGAGGACUACGAGAAAGAGAAUCCUUCUUGUACGGCAUUCGAGGUUGAGACCUUCCGACGGAAGUGGCUGUACUAUUUUGUCGUGGCGGAGACCAGCUUUCGGUUGCAGCUGCUGAACAAUUUCACUAUCACGGCGGCGCGGACUCCGGGUUCGGCUUUGAGCUAUGAGUCGCUUCCGUAUGUGUGA